AUGCAUAUUCUCGGCCAUAAUAAUUUAUCUGGGCACGUAGUUGGUAUGAUAACCGGUUACUUGAUACAUCAUAUGCAAGAAAAUGAGAAACCUAUUCGAAACAGUAAGAUUGUUUCCAUAUUCAUUUGGUGCAUGUUGCCUGCUACAGUUUAUGUGUUCUUUUUGGGAAAUAUAUUUUACGUUAAAGGAUAUGAGGUAUCCUUUACAUUCAAAUUGCUGUAUGCAGCAACGCAGAGAGUUGUCGCGGGCGCUAUUGGCGCGACCAUAAUUAUUUCGCUGGUCUUCAAGCUAAAUAACACUCUAUGCAGUAUAUUGGAGUGGCGCGGCUGGGUGAUUCCCAGCAGACUCACGUAUGUGACUUUCUUAGUCCACAUGAACAUUGUUUUUGUAAUAAUGGGAACUAGAAUGCAACUAGGACAUAAUUCCAUUUUUGUUGUGUUAAGUAACUAUGUUACAAUGGCAGCGAUACCAUAUCUAAUAGGUUUGCAAUUUUAUUUAACCGUCGAAGCACCAAUUUACAAUAUGGCAAAGACUGUAAUCGACCAGCAAGAUGAUCAGAAUUCAAAGAUGAAAAAAAAUUAA